UCCUGGCCCCUGCCUAGCCAUCUUCAACGGCAAGCAGCAAGACGAGUUCCUGCCACAACAGGGAGGCUGCGACUUUCAGGCCUGCUCACCUUCUUAGCUGCCUUAGCACCACGAGCCGCCAUCAUGUCGGCGCCAGUUCCAAACACCUUCAACGCCGAGCAGGCGGACAAUCUCGAGGAUAUCGAGAAGCAGUUCGCCGUCAAGGCGGUGCAACACAUGCAGACGUACUGGGCCAUUCUGGAGAAGGUCAAGGGCUCGUCGCUUCGCCUGACCCGGAUCGACGACGAAAUCUACGAGCACCUCAAGCGCGACUUCCCCGAGUUCGACCCGGCCGAGACCAUCGAUGAGGACAAGAUGAAGAGCAAGGAGGGCAAGGAGCGGUGGCGCAACUUCAUGAUGGCCUAUGAGAAGAAAGUUGAUGACUACAACUUCGGCACCCUCCUCCGGUCGAACCCAAAGUGGGAAUACGGCGAGAAGGAGACCAUCUUCGUGCCGCGGAUGCAGUUUUACGCUAUCGAGAUUGCGAGAAAUAGGUUGGGCUUGAACGACUGGAUUUAUGAGCAGGCCCAGAAGGAGAAGGCCGCAGCCUCGAAAUCUAGCGCAUAAAAAUACCAUUGCAUGUUGAACCAGUAUUGCUCCUGACUUUCCAGGGCGACGUGGUCGGUGCGCCUUCUGGAAUGCUUCUGUUCAGCCCCUUACUUCCCGCUCGGCCCGGACUCCUAUUCUACCACGUUGGCGGGAUGGAAAUCAAGGUCCCAUUAUCCGAUACGGGAAAGCUACCAUUAUUCUCGGCCGGGCCUUCCAGCUCAUCG